GUCGCCGACUUUGGUCUGACACGCUCUGCACCAGCUCAGACGGCGGCGCAGAGCUACAUCCAGACACAGACCAUUCAAGGAACUCGCCAGUACAUUUGCCCUCAGUAUCGCGAUGAAGGCAAAGUCUCCAUCAAAACGGACGUGUACUCGUACGGCAUGAUCUUGCUGGAGCUGCUGACCGCGAAGCAGCCUGGUAUUGAGCUUGCUGGUGCAGUGAAACGCGCUAUUAAAAAGCAGGGUCAGCUCGAUUCCGAGUUGGAUGCGUCAAUCGUGUGGGGUGCUCCGGACAAACUCGCUGCCACCGCAGUGGCGGAAGUUGCUGUUCCUUGCCUCGAGUCCGACCGAGUCGACCGACCAACCUUUGGCCAAAUCACUUGUCGACUGAGGGGUGAACCUGAGGAAGUAGAGGAGCAUGAAGACAAGUGCAUGAUUUGCCGAGUCAUCCCGACCUCGUAUGAAGAGGGCGCUUUCAACCAGACGUUUGUUCCGUGA